AUGUUCAGUGCGGGGAAGUGCCUGCACUUGCCGCAGUACCUGGAGGUCACCGGAAUGGUACGAUCACUUCUCGACUCUCUGAGGUAAGUUCAAGUCAAGUAAAUGCAGAGUGCAGGGUAGUAUCCACAUCCGCCUCGCAAUCAGUAGGGAACAAAGGAGUCACGAUCACCUCUCAAAUGUUUGAGCUUAGGUCAUGGCAGAUAAUGGCAAGGCGAGGAGUAACGUAUGCGACGAGAGAGGGAAGCAAUACGAUCGCUUCCGAACUCUCUGAACUAAGCUCAUAGAAAGUCAUGGUAAAUUGAAUCGUGACGUUUGCGAUAGACUAUUAAAGCGCACCGAUCGCUUCUGAACCUUCUGUCCUUAGCUCAUGCGAGGUAAUGGUAAACUGAAGAAGUAACGCCUGAGACGGGCUGGAGAGGCUAAGUAAGCUAAUAAGUUAUUGAAAUCCGCACGGAAAAUGUGUGCUACAAGGUAGUUCAACCGAAGGCGAACUCCAUGUCUAGAUCAAUACUCAAGGACCAAUGUCCUACUUAAACAAGUAUAGUAGGCAGUUUUUCUAUGCAACACAUGCUCGAGGUCCUACAACCUAUCAUUAACCUUUGAGGAAAUGGCACGCUUCCUGUUUGUUUGCCAGAGCUCCUAUAAACAUUCCACCCAGUCACAUCGUUGCUGAAUAUGGCUGCUUAGAUUUGAUGUGCUUGAGAGGCAACGCAAAGAUUAGGGAGAAAUAACGCAGAUCAGAGAACCGUACUGCACUCCGUGACCACAUACUUAAUUAAGGGAAUACCAAAUUGUGAACUAAUAAUCAUAUGCUCAUGUUCACUACAACCCUAUGACUGACGACUGGAGUUUGAAACCCCAAACCAGCUGGUUAUCUUCAUUCCCCUCCCGCUUCCAGCAGAAUUCGUUGACCGUCCUCAAGGUGACCUUGAAAAUUCCCUGUCCCAGCUGACAUCUCAUACAGCCGGAGGUAAGGCGGCACAACGUUUAACUUAAAAGGUUUGAAUAAAGAACACGUUAGAUGGCCACGUUGGCUUUAUUAAAGCUAGGAUGUACUUUGGAUUUCGUGACUAAAGCAGACCACUAGGCAGGUACAACGGCUUUACUAAUUACAAGCCUCGUUUCCUUAAGGUCCUACCGGUUCUUGGCAUACCACUUCCACGCUCGCAAAACAGGGGGCAGUGUGCAAGACUGCCUCGGGAUGACAUGCGAGAACCAUCCAUCCUGACGAUUGCGUUUGUGAUUUAGGUGAUAUGUGCAAUGGUUGGAUGGUCUUCGUUGUCUUCGGGAAGUGAAUAGGUUAGGUCACCUAGAUUCUGUACCUGGGGAGUGGGGACGCGGUUCUAAGUGCAUUACAGGUAACCAUUUGUUAAAUCCCAGGGGAGGUUGUGUUCGGGGAAGUAGGCAAGCCUUAGGGCCGGGGUUGGAGUUAUGGUUAAAGUUGGGACACGAGAAUAGGUAUCUCCCUGGAAUCUAACUCCAAGUCGCCUGUAGUGCGGGGGAGUACUUAUUCCUGUGUCCAACAGCCGGAGUAUUGGUGAGAUGAGUUUUCAGUUACUUUGCAGUGGACUGGACGUAUACAGUAGAAGCAACUCGUAACUGCCCUCUCAGGUCACAAUGCGAACAAGGAAUGAUGGUGAAAUUGGAAUGGGCAGUGUUCCGCGAAUCCAAAUCUGAGUUGCCACUGGUGCUGUUGCCGUUUCGUACAGCGAACCAGGCCUUGAAACGAGGCUAGAGUGCAACUAUUCAGAUUAGAAUGUCGCAGUAUCCCCACCAGCGAUUGUCGAUCCCAAGAUGACUCUCCCUACUUGUUAGUGUUAGCAUAACGGGAGCCUCGACUUAAAGAGCCUUGCCGUAGAGAUCAUAUCAUGUCAUGCUUGAGUUGUGUUCAGUAUGUGUCUGCUGAUUACGAGGUUGGUGAUUAGAAUGGCUGGCCAUGAUCUGAGAAGGCUCAGAUGCUGUCGAAAAGGCAGGAUCCGUGUGGAAAUAGGAUGCUGAUUAGAUCGGUGAUAUCAGACUGUCAUACAAUAUUAUGAAGGUGAUUUAGUCGUUUAGACCGUCUGCCUUAACGAUCAGGAGAGAGAGAGACCCCGGUGGAAAUGGCCCUUUGUCCAGCUUCGGAACCUUGCAGGAUCGUCCAUCAUAACUGAAGCCCGCUAGGGUCUACCACUAAGCCGACUCAGCGUGUUUAAUUUAAGGCGCUAACACAUCAACCCGAAAACCUGGGAAGACCUCGCAAAGGACCCAAGGACUGAUCAGCAUUCAGAAGAGCUGUGAAAAUUGGAGCAGCAGUCUAUGAAGUCAACCGGAUCGCCGCUGCCAAAACCAAAAGAACGGCUCGCAAGUCCCAGCUUCCCCGAUCCACAACACCAACACACACCUCCUCUCAACAAGCCAACUUUCCCAACAGACUUUUUGCGCGGAUUGGUCUCGUCGGACAUCUAAAGACUCAGUGCAACAACAAUCGCCUUAAUCGCCACCCCUGUGUACCGACCUCCACGGCGUCCACGAUAAAGGCCUUCCCUCCCGAUGCCCCGCCGCAGUCGAUCACCGCCACUCCCAUUAUCCCUGCCUCAACCACCGCGAGGACGGCGACGACUACCAGCCCUCCCACUCCCGCCACAUUUCAGACGCCUGCCACCACCAGCAAUGUGGACUGUGUCCCAACUUGUCCUCAUUGCAAUCGCACAUUUACCUACGUAUCGGCGUGGUCAGUCAAUUGCAAAUCUAUCGCACUGCGAUUGGCGCACCAGUUCCAGGAGUUCCCACAUACACGCGUCACGUCUGACUAG